UUGGUAUAAGGAAUUCUGCGAGUGAGGAAAAAGCGGAGACGGGAACGAGAUGAAAGUAACGGACAGGCAGAAGAGGAGGAACGCAGGGAAAACGGCUACGUUUUCCAGAAGGGACGUCGGUAAUACAGCGGUGCGCUGCCUUUACGCUUAGAAAGACACCCACUAAGGAUUUCCGAACAAAUAAAACAAACAGUUCUGCCAUGGAUAACUUGAGUUUUUUCAGCGGGAUGGACUAUUCCAAUUUCACUGGGAAUUCUACCAGUCGCUACACUCUGGCCACUGUGAUAGGACUCGCCGGUUUGGUAAGCUUCAUCAUUUUGUUUAUUAUAGUUGGGAAUGUACUGGUGGUGAUUGCGGUGCUGACGAGCAGAGCGCUCAAACCUCCCCAGAAUCUUUUCCUGGUGUCUCUGGCUACUGCAGACAUCCUGGUGGCCACCUUGAUCAUGCCUUUCUCUCUGGCAAACGAACUGAUGGGUUACUGGUUUUUUGGACAAGUUUGGUGUGAUAUCUAUCUCGCAUUGGACGUCCUCUUCUGCACAUCCUCAAUUGUUCACCUGUGUGCCAUCAGCCUAGACAGGUACUGGUCAGUAACGCAGGCAGUGGAAUACAACCUGAAGCGCACGCCACGCCGAGUAAAGGCAAUGAUCGUAGUGGUGUGGCUGAUCUCGGCUGUGAUCUCCUUCCCGCCACUCAUCUCCAUGGACCGGAGCAGCGAAGGUGGUGAUCGUGAGCCACAGUGUCAACUUAAUGACCACACGUGGUACAUCCUGUACUCCAGUAUUGGCUCCUUCUUUGCCCCAUGUGUCAUAAUGAUCCUUGUCUAUGUACGCAUCUACCAGGUGGCCAAAACACGCACACGAAGCAUGUCAGAGAAGCGUCACGAGCCAGAAGAAGCACCACGCCUUGAAAACAGUCUGAGCCGAGACGAUUCAGGCCGGCAGAAUGGUCACUGUGCAUCUACACCUCAGCCUGUUAAUAAAAAACCUCCCGAGGAUGAACCUGAUGCGGAAAUGGACGACAGCAGUUCCUCAGAUGAGAAGGCCAAGAGGCCACGCCGUGAGUCAGCAGCAGGCCGAAAAGAACGCCGGGCCAGCCGCAAGAACAGCUCCAGCUCCAAGCACUCAAGCCGCAAGUCCCGUGCAAGCAGCAAGUCCCUGGACCUGUUCUCCUCCCGCAGAAAAAGAAGGAGCACCAUGUCUAGGAAGAAGAUCUCACAAGCCCGUGAGAAGCGCUUCACCUUUGUCCUGGCUGUGGUCAUGGGCGUGUUUGUGGUCUGCUGGUUCCCAUUUUUCUUCAGCUACAGUCUGUACGGAAUCUGCCGGAAGCCUUGCGAGAUCCCUGACCCUCUCUUCAAGUUCUUCUUCUGGAUUGGCUACUGCAACAGCUCCCUCAACCCUGUCAUCUACACCAUCUUUAACCAGGACUUCCGCAGAGCCUUCCACAAGAUCCUGUGCAAGUCCUUUAAGAGAUCUUUUUAGAGGAGAAUGAUGGUUGGGUGGUCUCCAUGGCACAAACACCAGUUUCCCCUGACAAAAAAAAGCCAUGGAUGUUUACAAGAGAUAUACUUAUAGUGUAUUUUGGCAGCAGCACUUUUCACCAACUAUCUUGUCUGCAGCAAUGCCUUGACAAUCUUCCCAAACAUAGAUAUUUAUGAUCUGUUUUAUUGUCUGAACCACUGAGCUCUGUCAGGAUGACUGCUGUGGUCUGUCAGUUCAUACAGUAUCAAGGUCCUUCAAAAAACGCCCACCUAAAAGCAGCACUACUGUAUUGUGUUUGCGGAAACAGACUUAUCUUAAUUACAGCCACAGGCUUACCAAGAGACAUAUUUAUGAUCAGUUUGCACAUAUGGUUUUCCUCUUUGGUACUUGAGGGCUAUGUAACAUGAAGGUCAUUUCCUUUUUAAAUGGAGUGAUGUAAUAUAAAAGAGGGGUAAAGAAAAACAAAGUAAUGGACUGUAUAUUGUUUGUUUAUAUUUUUUUUCAGCAAAAUUGGACAUUGGUUAGUUAGGGAAUAGUGGAGGUUCAGGCCAUACAGAGGGACAUCACUGAAAGAUAGAGGAGAUGUGCGUUCUCUCACUAUUGCAAGGCAUCUCUGGAGAAAACAAAACCCAACAGGGCUUUAAACUGCGUGCCGAUACCUUAAACGGUUUGCCAACUCGUGCUUUUAAUAAACAUUGGAUUGCUGCUGAAGCUCUAUAUGAUAAGACGCCAUUACAGAAAAGCAUACUGAACACAUUUGCAUUGUUAAAACAAAGCUGUGUAUGAUAAUAUAUAAGUAUUUAUAAGAUGUUUAUGAACUGUUCUUCAGAAUUUGUUUAUGAAUUUCUGAUCAACUGAUGCUGUUCUGUGCCCAUGUCUGUUGGUUGUAUCAUAUUGUACUAUGGCACUGUAUAUGAUGACACUGUAUGAUAUACAUUACAAAGGGCAAAGCCAUUUUUAUUGAAUGUUUCUUUUAUGUAUGUCUUGAAACCCUUUGCCCUACCAGGGUGUUGGGCUAUGUUUUUAGUGUUUUGUUUUGUUUUUUUCCUGGCUCCGCCUUCUUGUGAUAUCUUUGAAUUGGCCAAAUCGGUCACCACAAGCACAUU